AUGGGGAUAGAUAGCUAUUUUAUGAAAUACAUAAAGAUUACUUACAUAUGUAGAAGGCGAAAUGAAAUGAAAAAAACUAUUGAAAAUUUAAAAAAUAAUAUAUAUACAUAUAAUAAUUAUUGUUGUCACAAUAUAGUAUACCAUGCAAAUGAAGAAGAUGAAAUAAAUAAUACAAGCAACUGUUACAAUGUAAAGGUUGAUAAAAAUGUUGAAGAAAUUAUAAAUUUAGUUAGCCCUUUAAAUUUGUAUAGCUGUAAAAAUGCUAAGAUUAAUUUGGCUGAUAAAAAAAAAAAAAAUGAAAUAAAUAUAGAGCAAGAGCUUGGUGAAAAUAUGAACAGUAGUGAUAUAAAAAAUGAUAAUGAAAAUGAAUGUAGUAAUAAAAAAAAAUAUAUAUUAAAAUAUAAAAUAAAUGAAUUAAUUGGUAUAAGAGGGAAAAGAGAACAAUAUAGAUAUACUUAUUUAAAAUCCCCAUUUAAAUAUAAAUAUGCAUUAAGACAUUAUGUUUUUGAAAAAUAUAAAUAUAAUUUUUAUUUUUAUAAUAUUACACACUUUAAUAUAAAUAUUAUUUUUAAUAUUAUUUUAUCGUCUAUGACAAAUGAAACAUCAGUCAAGUGUAAUAUAAAUUGGUUUUAUCCUGGUGAAUAUUUAUUACAAUCUGAAUUUUUGAGAAAGUGUUUUCAAAAUGUGAUUGAAGGUAUUGAUGAACAGGUUGAAAAUUGUGAUAUUAAAGAGAAGACACUAGGUCGAAAAAUAGAAAAACAAUUAAAAGAAAUAUAUAAUAAUAAAAAUGACAAAAUAAAUAAUAUACCAUAUUAUUCACGUAUAAAUUUAAACUUAAAAAAAUAUAACAUCCAAGAUUUAUUACCUAUAUUUUUUCAAAAUAAAUCAUUUAAUGAAAAUUAUAAAAAGUUAAUUUUGUUGGAAGAAAAAAGUUUAAAACAAACAAAAAAUAAAAUUAGAAAAAAAAAUGCUCAUUGGUUUUUGAAUCAAAAUCCAAAUUGA